AAACAAAGUGAAAUCCAACCCAACUCAACCAAAACCUCCCUUUAAACCCUUCUCUCUAACUCUCUCAAUUCUAUCUCCUCCAACAAUACCCAAAAAGCAAAAAUGCAACUACUUCUUCUUCAGCACUUGUCCCCCAAAACCCAAAACUCAUCUUUACGCUUCAUCAUAAACCUCAUUCUAAUCUUAUCUUCUCUAUGCAUAGUCAUCUACCUCUUUCUCUCUCUCCUCCUCCUCCUCCACACUUCCAACUCCAUAACUUUCUCAUCAUCAGCAUCAUCAUCGUCAUCAUUGUCAUCACUACCGUCCACCUCACUCGACCACAUCGUGUUCGGAAUCGCAUCGAAUCAAAACUCAUGGCCGAAGCGAAAGAACUACGUCAAGCUCUGGUGGAGACCCAACCAAAUGCGAGGCUGUGUCUUCCUCGACGACGACGACAACAACAGCAGCAAAUCACCCCAAAACGACACCGUUUCAUCUCUCCCUCCGAUUUGCAUAUCCGACGACACGAACCGGUUCAAGUACACGUACCGGGGCGGACUCAGAUCGGCGAUUCGGGUCGCCCGGGUCGUAUCAGAGACUGUGGCUCUGAACCAUUCGAAUGUCCGGUGGUUCGUGUUUGGUGACGAUGAUACGGUGUUCUUUCCCGAGAAUUUGGUGAAAACGUUGUCAAAGUAUGAUCAUGAGCUUUGGUACUACGUUGGGACUAAUUCGGAGAUGUAUAUCCAGAAUAGGUACUUUUCUUUUGAUAUGGCGUUUGGAGGGGCUGGUUUUGCGAUUAGUUAUCCAUUGGCUAAGGUUUUGGCGAAGGUUUUUGAUUCUUGUUUGGAAAGGUAUCCUCAUAUGUAUGGAAGUGAUGCUAGGAUUUAUGCUUGUGUUUCAGAGCUCGGCGUUGGGUUGACCCGAGAACCCGGUUUCCAUCAGGUGGAUGUUCAGGGGAAUAUUUUCGGAUUGUUGGCUUCCCAUCCAAACACUCCUUUGGUAUCUCUCCAUCACUUGGAUCUCACAGCCCCAAUCUUCCCAAACAUGACAACUACCAAGGCCCUGGAACACUUGAUAGAAGCUUCCAAGGUCGAUCCGCACAGGCUUCUGCAGCAAACAGUUUGCUAUGACAGAUGGUUUUCGUGGACUGUCUCGGUGUCAUGGGGCUACGCUGUUCAAGUUUUCAGCAACCACAUGUUCUUGCCUGAUGUUCUUCGUGCUCAACGGACUUUUAGUCCGUGGAAGAGAGGGAAUGCUCUUUCUGAAUCGUAUACUUUUGACACGAGCGAUCAUCACCCUGACCCGUGUCGAAGGCCUACUGUUUUCUUCUUUGACAAGGCGGAUUCUGGUGAUGGAGAUGGAAUUAACAGUAGUUACAUAAGAAUGGUCCAUGAAAAUUGCACAUUUGACAUCGUUUCACCAAAGAAACUGGAAGAGGUUAGAGUGUUUUCACGUAAGAUGGAGCUUGAUAUCAAACAGUUGCGGGCACCAAGGCGGCAUUGUUGUGAUGUUUUGCCUUCUUCAUCUGGGAAAGUAAUGGAAAUUGCCAUUAGAGAAUGCAAAGAAGAAGAAUUGAUUUACAUGCAUUCAUAGUGUGUACCUAUGACAGAGUAAAGCUAUCACUAGUGAAGCCUUCAUGGCUGCUUGAUCUAACUAAAUUACAUUGUUAUUGCCAAAGAGACAGAUCAGAUGGGAAAAAUGGUAGGUGCCUCGGUGAGACUGAGACAUAAACAAUCACACAACUCUGUUCCACACACAUUUUCAUGUAAACAGUGACAGACUCAAGCCCAUAAUGUUCGAGAGGAUCAAUUAUGCACUAUUGCGUACGACAUAUUUACACAAGAUUCAGACAAUAUGAGACCCAUACUAAUAGAUGGCCUGAAUUUCACACGCUAGUUGCAUUUGGAUCAUGAAUUUGAGUAGAGAUUUGAAAAAGGAUAAAGAAAAAGUGAGGGAAUACACUAAGCUUGUAAAGAAA